UAUCGACCAAGCGUUUGGCCAAUAUACAGUAUAUACGCCUGGAACCUCCGCAGUGCUGUUGUUGAGAAUGUGUCGUGUUUGCGGGCAUGUUGACGUUAAAUGCGCAUUAAGCGGGAGCUUCCCGUCGCCUUUUUAGUCCGGAGGUGAUUUUUUUCCCUUUCCAGCCUCAGUAGGACGGAGCCAGCCUUCAACCAGCCUUCAAGCAGCCUUCAACCAGCCUCCAAGCAGCCUCUUCCUGCUGGCUGCCUGUUAGCGGGCUGGGGGACACAGCGCCGGGGGCACCGCAGGAUAACAUCAGCACUUUGAACAGAGCGCCAUGUCUGCCAGAGGGGGGAAGAAGAGGGCCACCAAGCUGUCCCGCUCUGCCAGGGCGGGGGUCAUCUUCCCUGUGGGCAGAAUGAUGAGGUACCUGCGCACCGGCACGCAUAAGUAUCGCAUUGGGAUGGGGGCGCCCGUCUACAUGGCAGCGGUCAUCGAAUACUUGGCAGCUGAGAUCUUGGAGUUGGCCGGAAACGCCGCACGGGACAACAAGAAGGGCAGGAUCACUCCCAGGCACAUCAAGCUGGCUGUGGCCAAUGAUGAGGAGCUCAACCAGCUUCUGCGGUGCGUGACCAUAUCAAACGGGGGGGUCCUGCCUCACAUCCACCCCGAGCUGCUGUCCAAGAAGAGGGGAAGCCGAGUCAAAGCGGACAACCAGGCGUCCGUCCCGGAGAAGCAGGAAUUACAUUCCAAGAGCACCAAACCCAUCAAAGCCCCCAAAAAGGUCAAAGGGAAACGAGGGCGAAAGCCAAAGAGCACGGACAAGGACCAAGAAUCCGUACCGAACUCCACAGUGGAUGAUGGUCUCGGAGAUGGAUUCACCGUCCUGUCAGCAAAGAGCCUGUUCCUCGGUCAGAAGCUUUGUCUCACAGUGACUGAAAUCGGCAAAAUCGGAACAAUCAAGGCGGAGGCCAUAAUUAACCCGACCAAUGCAGAGAUGGACCUCAAAGACGGCGUUGGCAACGCUCUGGAGAAGACCGGGGGCCAAGACUUCCUGGACGGGGUUAAGGAGCUACGGAAAGCCCAGGGACUGUUGGCCGUGACGUCAGUGGCAGUGAGCCCGGCCAACGGGAUGACGGCCCGCUUCGUUAUCCACUGUCACGUUCCUCAGUGGGGGGCAGACAAGUGUGAGGAGCAGCUGGAAAGGUCGGUGAAGAACUGCCUCUCUGCCGCCGAGGAGAAGAAGCUCAAGUCGGUGGCUUUCCCGUCUCUUCCUGCCGGACGGAAUGGCUUCCCAAAGCCAACAGCGGCCCAGCUCAUCCUCAAGGCCAUCUCCAACCACUUUGUGUCCUCCAGCAGCUCCUCGGUGAAGAACAUUUACUGUGUGGUGUUUGACAGCGAGAGCAUCGGCGUGUACCUUCAGGAAAUGGCCAAGUUGGAUGCCAAGUGAAGAUCUUAGUUGGUUUGUGGCAGGCGGUGGUGUGAAUGGAGGGGGAAGGUCUGGAUGUUGGAGGACAUUGGAGGACAUCCUCGGUUAACAGUCAGGCAUGACCUGGCCUGGUGAGCUGCCAACGGAGGACAUGGUGACAUGUACCCUACAUCACACGCUACAUAUUUCUCUUGCUGUCCCUCAAAGAGAUGACAAGCUUUUAGACAUAUUUCCAUUCAGUUCCUUCACGUUUGACAUCACGGUUGCUUGGUAUUUACCCUAGGUUUCAGCUUUUGGGGGGGGCACACUCACACAUGUAAUUCCAUGCCCCCCCCCCAGCAGCUACACUUACCUCUUCUAUCCUAGAGAGCAAUGGAAUGACUCCAGAAGAAACCAUCUCAAUCAUGCCAUGAGGGACCCACACACAGGGUGUACAUGUGGACAGCCCGUGUGUGGGCCCCCCCUGGGGGGUUGCUUGUUUGGCUGAUGCUUUCACAUUCCAUGUACAAAUAGAGGUUAUUUUCUUGGCUUCUGUAGUUUCUGAUACUCUUAAAAAGAUGAUGGCUUUCAUCCUGCUUUGAAAUAAAAGGUUUGUCUUUG